UCGCUCUCAAGUCAAAACUUGUACAAAAUUACAGAACCCCGAUACGCAUUUUGGGCGUUCGUCUUUAUGUCUCCACUAAUUAGUUAAUUAGAUAUUUCACUAUUCAAACAGUAAUGUAUUUAUACUGUACAACAUGUCAUAAGCGAGUUCAUAUCCCCGUAAUAAUCAUUGGUAACAACGAGGUAACAACAUGUUAGAAGUGAAGUGCUAUUGAAGUUGUUUUAAAGAAUUAUGGAAGAAGACGACUCCGACUCCGAUCGCACAGUGCUGCUGACAGACUUUGUUGACAAACCUCAGAAAGUCGACGCCAAAAGACGGAGGUUGAGCCAAUUACAAGAUAGGAGCAAGCACGCAGACCAACAUGACAAAAACACAGCACGAAAUGAUGUAAGUCAAAAUAUACAACCAGAUUUACCAAAGAACAUUGGAAACAACUGGCUGAUAAAUAAAUAUUUAUCAAGCAUCAAUAAGACUAAUAUACGAAAUAAUACCCCUGGUAUUCGAGGGAAUGAAUAUUUGAACGAAAAUGCUCCUAAAUAUGCACUACAUUGUCAAACGCAUGCUGGAAAUACUGAAAAUACAGCUAAAUUUAACGAUAGUGUCAUAUGCCUGGAUUCGGAUGACAAAACGAUUAGCAAUGAACAGUCUCAAAACCAAGACACAAAUAAAGGUGAAACUGGGACUUCUUCUGUUAAUGAUCUCUUACAUGAAACAAAAUUAAUAGGGCUCAAGCCUGCAGCGAUCAACGCUCGAAGAGCUACUAUCGAUAUUAUUGAAAGUAAUCAAAUGUUUUCUAAUGACAAUGUGUCACAAAAACUAAAAGGAAAUGAACCUGCCAGAGUUGAACUCUUCAAACCGUCUACAAUUAAUGCACGAAGAGCAACAACGCAUUUUGAAGAAAACAAUUUAGAAUGUAAUUCGAGCAAUGGAAAAGACUACAUGUCGAAAAAUGAUAAAAUGGAAAGUGGAAAUAAUAAACGAAUUUAUAAAGAUAGUUAUAGAUUUAUAUCUCCUAAAUUGUCUCCAUUAGAAAGUAAUAUCCGUAAUACUACCAGUAGUACUAGUUCAAACACAAAUGCUGGUAUAAGUGUUACGACAGGGGCUGAAAAUAGUUUAACAUCCAUUUUAACCGUCUCAAAUAACAAGUUAAAUACCGAUAUUUCCGAUAGUAAUAUCAGAGAUAAUAAAGAUUUCCAAAAAGAUACAGAAAAUAAAACAGUUUCAAAUGUAAAAGCAAUCAAGCGAUCCGGUAAUAAUGAAACGCAAAUAGAGCCUAAGCGCACCAAAAUGAAUUUGAAGCCAAAAUGCAAACAAUAUGAAGAUACUGAACAGAUGCCCAAUGAAAAGUGUAAACCUAAUGAAAUGUAUGAGGAAAUAAGUAACGAAACUAACGAAGAACACGUCUCACAUGAUAAAGCAAUAAAUGAUACAAUUAGACCUGCGAAAUGUGAUGGGCAUAAUGAAAACAAAUCUAGCUUAAAAAACAACGUAUGCGAAGCAGAAAAGGAGCUGGAAGAAAAUAUAUUGCCUGGCAAACAGGAAAUUAGCAAAGUACAAUAUGAGCACGUAAUAAAUGAAGCACCUACAAAACCACAAAUAACAAGAAAACCACUUAAUCAAGAUGCGAACGCAAAAAAAUACCCAGAAAUAAGUCAAGUACCUCGUGUACAAGAAACGUGUGAUCGUGACAACCAAGAUGGAAGCAAAAUGCAAGAAAAUCGAGAUGCAAACAAAAAAUCUGAUAAACUCGAAACAAGUGAAUGUGUUCUAGAUAAAACAAUUGCGAAUAAAAUAAGUAUAAUUCUAAAAACAAGACAAGUCGUUGAUGAAACAGCACCAACUGAAGCAAACACUGAGCCAAAAACCUUUGAAGAUCAAGACUCAGCAAAUGAAGUAUUAAAUACAGUAGGUGCUAUCAAAAUACUAGAUAAAACACCACUAAGCACAACAAACGAGGCGCAAGAAUCGACACAAGUACAAAAUGAGCUCGAAACUACCAAAGUUCAAAACAGGCAAAUAAAAAGCAAAGUAAGUGAUAAAAAAGAAACAAACAAACUAUAUGAAGAGCAAAGAACAAUUGAAACACUCAAUAGAGAAGACAACGAAGAAGAAACACGUAAAGUAAGCGGUGAACAAAGCACAACUGAAUCACACAGCGAGCACGAAACAGAUCAGCUAAAUAAAACACCAAAAGAAGUGAGUCCCAAUGUUGGUGCUGAAGAUAACAAACGUAUGUUGGCAUUCCAAAUAUUUUUUUUUAGUAAGAUUUUGAAAAAUUUCAUAAAAGACGAGUACCCAGAAUUUGCAAUAACACUUGGAAAUAUCAUCGAAACUUUACUCGAUAACGCUAGACAUGGGUCAUUUCAAACCCAUGUGCAAUUUGCUUGUCCUAAAUGUGGCUGUUUAUCUAAUUAUUCGUCAAAUUUGAUGAAUAGAACAAAAUCUGGCGUAGAUAAAUUUAACAGCAACAGUUCUCAAAACUGCCGUCUUUGUCGCGGCGUUAGAGAAUUACACACUUCUUACCUGGAAAACGCCUCCAUUAAAAAAGAUCACAUUGGUAAUAAAAAAGAAGAUGUAAAAAGUAGUCCGGCAAAAAAAAGUCAUGCUAAACAACUAGUGGAGCAAAGCGACAAAUCUGUAACACAAAAAUCUAGCAGUAAUUCUAAAGGAGUAUUAGAAGAAAACGAUAAUAACGGUUCAGUAUCUAGGUACGUAGUAGAAGACAGAUGUGACAGUUUAGCUGUUGAUAAAGAGAAGCAGGCCGACAAUAUUUCGUCAACUCAGAAUGCUAUGGAGACGCAAACAGGAAAUCAUAAUGAUUCAAAGGAACACAAAAUCAACAGUGAGACACCUUUCAUAGAAACAUCUGAAACUGAAACUCAAGGAAAAAUUAAAAUAACUAGUAAUAAUAAGAACGAAAUUGUAUCAAAUAAAGAUAAAUUUACAAUAAGUAACACGAGAAUAAAUGAAAUUGACGAACAAUCCGCUAUUCAUACACGUAUGAAAACUGCCACAGAAAGUAAUAAGACUCAAAAUGAAGAAAAUCUGAAGACAAAAGAUAAUUCUUCAUAUUUGACAACUGAUUUCCAAAGUGAUAACACUGACAACAGUGCCAUUGAAAAUAACAAGAAAAUGGAUCAAGCAAAGCAAAUAAAUAGUAACUCGGCCGUUGAACUGCCAAAAAAGAUAUCAUCAGGCAUACAGAAUGUAACCCCAAGUUUAGGAAGUAGUCAUGAAAACAAUAAAGCUAGUUGUUCAAAAAGAGAUAACAGCUCCAAUCUUGUAAAUCCUGCAGUGGUUGUAGGUAGUGCUGAAGCAAUAGCUGCUUGCAAUAGUGAUGCAGAAAUUAACCUGGGUUUACGUACCGAACAGAAUGACUAUACUACAGCGGAGAAAGCAUCAAGCUCACCGACUGAGACACAUAUGCAUACUACUAAUUUAAAUAUGCAAGAAAUGUCUUUAAAACCAAAAAGUCACAGUAACAAUAUAAUAACAGCUGAAACUGAUCUAGUAAAGACAAAGAGCAAUAAAAACAGUAACGAAAUCGUCAAUGGAACACCAAUAGACCCGACUAGCCUAAACAUAUCAAGUGUCGGAGUAGAAGAGAACGAUAAACAUUUUGAAAAAGAGGCACAAAUGAGAAAUGCCAAUGAAGUUCACAGACCCAAUGAAAAUAUAACAAUAUCUCUGAAAGAAAAUCUACAGUUGAAUAAUAAUGCUAACGAGGAAGAAGGCAGCCAUGAGGAAAAACAAAAUGAUGACAGUAAAGAUACAGUUCCAGAUAAUGUCGAUAAUUCAAACACGAUCUGUAGGAGGGUAGAUGGUGCAUCAGAAAACAUUACCACGACGGCUUUAACCAACCAAACAACCACAAACUCUGGAAAUAGGAAAUCAAGUACCAAUAGUGACAUGAGUUGCAAUGAGGACGAAGAAAGAUGUGAAAGUGACGAAAGUUCAUCUUACGGUGAUCAUUCAUAUAAACCGAGUGAAUCAAGCAACGAAGAAGACGAUAAUAAAAGAGAUGAAAAUAAAACAAAGACAUUGAUUAUAAGCGGCGAAGGCACAUCCACUGAUGACAAUGCUCACAGUACAAGCAAAAAUCAAACAUACACUUUCAUAUGUGAGUUAUGUAAUCAAAUGUUAUAUUCUGAUUAUGCUAGACGAAAACAUAGGAUUCGUCAACAUCCAAAUAUGCAAGGUAGGCCUAUAUUCAAAAAAAUUAAAAACGAUGAACCGAAAGACAAUACAUCGAAGUCAAAGAAUGAGAGGGAAAGAUUGGUAAAAGAUAAUAAUAGUUCAUCAUCCACUGAUAGAGACACUAACGUUGCUAAGAUCAAUAACACAAAGGGUGGUAAAGUUAGAAAACGUAAGGCUAAUAAUAGUGCAAAUGCCAGCGAUAGUGACUGGAGUACGGUUAGUAAUUCAGAUUAUUUUGAUGAAAGCUCUACUAGAGAACGAAAAGCCCACAAAAAUAAAGGAUGUACAGAAAAUACAGAAACAGUAAGUAAAGAUGAAAUUAUAAAAACAUCUGAUCACUUAGUUAGAAAGAGAAAAAAACGCACCACAAAGCUCUUUGGUGCUGAACGUCAAGGCUCGCGUGCAGCUACUAUUAAAGAAAACGCUGAAAGUGAAGAAAAUGAUAGUAAUUCGAACUAUUCAAUCACUACUAGUAGUAGUACUGAUGAAUAUACUAGUAGUAGUCUAAAUACAAGCUUCAUCGUUAACAGUUCUGAUGGUACUGAUGACGAAAUGGAGGAAGAUUAUGACAGUCAGAAAACAGAUGUCGGGGAAAGUAAUGAUGACAGUUAUUUAACUACUGACGAAGAAGACCGACCAGUUAGUAAUAAUAAAACCCUAAACACAUCAAUGCGCACAAGUAAGAAAAGGAAACAGCGUUUUUUAAAGAAUGAUUUAACUGAUACCGAUGAAACAGAUGGCGAUCAGCAAGUAGCAAGCGAAGUAAGUGACAACGAACUAUUAACAGAUCACGAUAGUCAAUAUGAUAAUAAUGAAAUUGCUUCGACAAACUUCGGAGAAGAAAAGCUUAGUGACGAUGAAAUUAUAAAAGUGUCUGAGAAUACCCGUAAAAAGAGGAAAGAACGCAUGUCGACUCUAUUUGACGAUGAUAUUGAGAUGUCAGCACAAAAUAAUGACGGCAUUGAACAAGAACUAAAUAAUGAAACAAACAAUUUAACUAAUCCUGUUGUCGAUAAAAGUGGCAGUGAAGAAGUUAAAAUUAAUAAAAAUUAUGAGGAAAUACCUGAUUUGAGAAAAUGUGAAAAUGAUUAUGAAAACUUUAUAAACGUACGAGACGACCAAGUGCAAAGUAAAAAAGUAUACACUAAAACAAAUGACAGGGAUUGUGAUAUGGAUCCAGCGAUUGAAUCUACCGAUACUACAGUGGUUAGCAAACAGAAGAACACUAGUGGAUUAAGCAACGUGAUACUCCGCGACGAUGAUCGACAUGAGAUAGACCUGAUUGACUGUCUUCUUAAAGAGUACAAUACUCCUAAUGUUCAACGAAAUGAUUCAUGUGCCGAAAAAGAAAAGAAUGGUGAAGAUAACGCAGAACCUGACAUCCAUAACGAUCAAACAGGAGCCAACAUUGACAAUCAACCUUUACUUCCACCUGAAAUCAACAAUUGCUUAGAAAAAAUACAAAUUAUUAAUGAAGGUUCAGAGAUCUUAAGUUCAUUAGAAAAUGCAGUUCAACAAAUGUCGAUUGAUACAGAUUCAAAUAUUAAUAGAGAGGUGACAAAAGAUGAAUUAUUGUCACAAAAUACCAAUGACAAUAUAGAUAUUAUAGAAGACAAUUUUAAUAUCAAAAGUAUAGCAGAUAGUUCGGCACAAAUAAUGUCUACUGCUGACGAUGUCAAUUUAAAAAGGGACUUGUUAAAAGAAGAUAAUAGUCAAAAAACCCUGGAUAUUUCUGAAGAGAAUUUAGUAAACAAAAGUACAGUAGUUAAUGCAACACGAAUAGGGUCUAAUGUUGAAGACUUAAAUAUUAAACAAGAGAUGCUAAAAAAUGAGGUAUAUUCACAAAAUACUAUUGAAGAGGACAUACAAGAAUGCACAAAAGCUUUCGAAGAACAUUUGGAGACUGUAGGUUCGGAACAAUUAAUGGUUAUUGAUGAAGACUUAAUUAAAAAGAAAGAGAUGUUAAAAGACGAAUCUUUUUCACAGAAUACUUAUGAAGAGAAUAGUCAAGAUAUUAUCGAUGAAAAUUUAGUGAACAAAACUGCAACAGACUCUGCACAAAUGAAUUUAAAUGAUGCUGAUUUAAUAACUAAAAGAGAUAUGCUAAAAGAUGAAACAUUAUCAGAAAAUACAAUUGAAGAGGAAAAGACAGACAUAUCCGAAAAACCUUUACAGAAUAGAGGUUCUGCACUUAUUCUAGUUGUUGGUCGAGUCCACAAUAUUGAAGGAGACAUGUUAAAAAACGAAUCUACGGCACAAAAUACUAAUAAAGAUAAUCAAAACAAUCUACAUAUUGAAGAAAUAGUUAACAAUAUAGAAAUUCAAACACAAACGAUGUCUUCUAUUCGAAGCGAAGACUCAAAUGUUCCAAGUCACUCGUUAAGAUCACAAGUAAAUAAUGAAGAGGAAAAUUUGGAAAGCGAAAAUGCUGGUAAAGAUAAUUUAGCAAUCGAAGGAGUAAAAUCUAAAGUUGUGGAGACUGAAGAUGCUAUUGUUAUAGAAGACUCGGAUGAUGAUGAUGUUGAAUUGGUUGGAGAAAUUGUAACUGAUCAAAGAUUUGUUCGACGUCGUCCGGACAAUGGUAACAACUUGGAAUUAUAUUUAUGGUAG